AUGAAAAAUAAUCUUGAACUUCAAUUAGCAAAAUUUCAGAAAUUGCCUUUAGAAAGCAUAACAGAAAGAGAAGUAAAUCAUUCCCCUAAGGACCGAAAAUGAACUUAUAAAGAAGUUUUAGAAAAAGUAAACUGAAUAGGACAAACGCGCCAAAGCUCAAUUGGCAAUAAGUCAUCUCUGCCAAAACCAAUUUUAGAGAAGAAAAAUCAAGAGCCCAAAUCCUAUAGCAAUUUUGAGCCAGUGCCUAUAAAAACUAAUCAGACCUCAAAAAAUAUCCCACCGACUUAUGAAAUGCAGCAAAAAUCGUACAUCCAGCCACCUCCCAGAUUUAUUGAGCCAAAAAAGAGUAUCGAAUUAAAAUACAAAGACCCAGCUGACUCUUUCAGCAAUUUUCAGCCCACAAAUAUUUCACAACCUUACACCCAACCAAAGCCCAUAAAACAAUCCUCAAAUUACUCCAAUAAUUUUCCAGACUAUUCUGACACAAAACCCAAUAAAGGAUAUACCAAAGAGCCAACUUCAAGCUUCUCAAACCCUUCUUACAAUCAAGAUAUCCCAGAAAUCAGAGAACGAAGCUUCACAUCUCCUAUAAAAUCCUCAUUAACAACUGCCACAAGUGAAUGGAAACGUGACUUUCCAUGAAGUCGAAGCAUUAAAAGUUUAAAUCAAGUCACAUUUAAAAACCCAUCAUUCAGGCCAAACCAAGAAGAAGUCAUUAAUGCAGUUUUAAGCAAAAGAGAUGUCUUUGUGUGUAUGCCAACUGGAGGAGGGAAAAGCUUGACUUUUCAACUACCAGCUGUCGUCAGCAGAGGGCUCACAUUGGUGGUCAUGCCUUUAAUUUCUUUGAUUUUUGACCAAAUGAAUCAACUAAAGUCAAAAGGGAUUGAAUGCAGAAUGUUUAGCUCAAGCCAAGGUUUUGAAGAACAAAACCAAAUUUAUCAAGAUCUUCUUAAUGAUACGAGAAUUAUUAAAAUGGCGUGAUCUGACGUGGACUCCUGGUGACCUGUGAGUUGAUCCAGGCCCAGGAAAGGCGAGCCACAUGGCGAUAGUUCUCCGGGGUGGGUUUUUUGACUUGGGGCUGACCCUUGUCCUUUUUUCCUUACCUACGAGUUAACCCUACUGGCACAAAGUCCCGAUACCACUCCAUGAGAGCAUUAUCGAACCUGUGAUACGGUUCUGACAGGUCAUGGAGAAGGCAGAAGGCGAUUCCCCUAUACUCUGAGCCCUGUCAGAGGUUAAAGGAGUUUUCUGCUGAGAUUCGGAGACCCUGACCGGAUGGGGUGGCUUCCCCGAAGACCUUCGACGUCACCAUUUUUUGGUGACGUCAGAAAGGGAAAAAGGUGGUGUGAGGAUAGCGCUUAGCGUCGCUGCGAAGCUAUCCGUGGGACGGCGAGGGGCUGAAAUAAUCCCUUAAGACCCGCUAUAACACAUAUUCUAAUCUAAUCUAAUCUUAAUGAUACUUCAGUCAAAAUUGUUUUUGUGACUCCUGAAAAAUUGUCAAAAAGCGAAAAAAUGAAUAAUAUAUUAGGACAGCUGUAUAGGGAUGGGAAAAUUGAGAGGAUUGCGAUAGAUGAAGCCCACUGUGUAAGUCAAUGGGGAAGGGAUUUUAGAAGUGAUUAUUUAAAGCUUGGACUAUUUAGAGAUCAUUUCCCAGAAAUCCCGAUUAUAGCACUAACAGCUACAGCUACAGAAAAAGUCCGCGAAGAUAUAGUUAGAGUGCUUGGAAUGAGGAAUCCUAUCAUUUUUCUUACAAGUUUUAACAGGCCAAAUCUUUAUUAUGAAGUCCGUCCUAAGUUCAAAAAAAUCAAUGAGGAAAUUGGAAAAAUAAUAAAAAACCAAUAUCCAAACCAAACUGGGAUUAUUUACUGUAUUUCGAAAAAAGACUGCGAAAUGGUUUCAAGAAAUUUAAAAAAAGAGCAUAAAAUAAAGGCUGGGUAUUAUCAUGCAAAAUUAACGCCAGAUAAAAGAAGCAAGGUGCAGACUAAAUGAAUGAAUGGUGAAAUUAAAGUUUUGGUGGCAACUGUAGCUUUUGGUAUGGGAAUUGAUAAAAAAGACGUCAGAUUUGUCAUUCAUUACUCACUUCCAAAAUCAAUGGAAAAUUAUUAUCAAGAAUCUGGGAGGGCUGGCCGAGACGGAAAUCCUGCUGAUUGUAUUCUAUUUUACAAUUUUGGUGACAAAAUGAAGCAGGAGUAUUUAAUUCACAAAUCUUUUAAAGCAGGAAAUAGGCAAGAGUUCAAUUUUCAUGAGCUGCAAGUCGUAAUAGGAUACUGUGAAGAUAUUUUUACUUGUAGAAGAAAGCUCCAGCUUGGGUUUUUUGGGGAGGAUUUUGAUGAGAAAUUAUGCAAUAGGACUUGUGAUAACUGUAAAUCUGGGAGAAAAGGCAUUGAAAAAGACAUGACACAAAUCUGCCAAAAAGUCGCUGAUAUUUUUGAAGGGCCAAGAGGAGGGGUUAAUACUCUGUUGCAGGUAGCCUCAUUAUUAAAAGGAGCUAAUACACGAAAAAAUGAAAAUUUAAAACACCAUGAAUUUUUUGGACUUUUAUCUGAGAUGAGCAAAGAGGACAUAGAAAGAAUACUAACUGCCCCUCCGUGGAGCAUAUAAAAAAAAUUUUGUUCGCUCAUGGAAGGGUAUUAAUUUUUUUUUAAAAAUUAAAGAAAAUUCCCAAUUUGUAAAGUAAAAUUAAUUUAAUUUGCAAAAUUUAUGUUUUAAAUUGCAAGUUGUUUAAAAUUAAACAGAAUUAGCUAGAGAUUUCAUUAUAAUAAUUAUCAUCACUUAUAUAACAAAAUCUUUUUUUUCAUAAAAAUUUUUCUGUCAAAAAUUUUUGUUCGCUCACCGAGGGGGAAUAAGGAGAAUGGUAUCUGAGGAUAUUUUAACUCCCCCCCCCUCCGUGAGUGAACAAAAAAAAUUUUGUUCACUCACGGAGGGGGGUUAAUUUUUUUUUUUUUAAAAAAAUUUAUAUAUAAAUUUUAUAAAACAUAUUUUUCGAAGUUUAAAAAAAUCCUAAUUCGCAAAAAUUGGAAGCAAAUAUUAAUUUAAUUUAUAAAAUUUAUGUUUUAAAACGCAAUUUGUUUAAAAUUAAACAGAAUUAGCUCUAUAUUUCAUUAUACUAAUUAUCAUUUAUAUAUCAAAUUUUUUUUCCAUAAAAAAUUUUUCUAUUAAAAAAAUGUUUGUUCAUUCACGGAGGGUGGGUUUUUGGGCAAAAAAUAGGGAUUUUUCUAAUGGUUUUGUUCACUCACGGAGGGCGGGGAGUAAGAGAAAAAUCAGUUAAAAAUUUCAAAAACAUGUAUAAUACUGUAAUUGAAAUCGGACCAAAUAUGUAUAAACUUCGAAGAGGGGAAUUAAAAAUCAAACUUAUGUUUGAAAUCAAAGGGAGCAUUAUAAAUGUUCCAACUAGCGAAAGUGAAAACAAUUCAACAAGAGAAUGCGCAAAAAAAGCAAGUGAUCUUACUAUGGAUAUAGAAAACUCAUAUCAAAAUAUUCCAAAAAUUUCUAUUCCUUUAGUUAAUUCUGCACCUAGACCUUCAAAUGGUCCAGCUUUAAGCGAAGAACUUAAAGAAGAAUUGUUUGAAAGACUAGAACUUGUUCGAAACCGGCUUGCUAGAAAACAAAACCUUAAUAAAGAGCAAAUAUUAUCAACUGACUCUCUAAAUAAGUUAAUCAGUGAUUUACCUGAUUCAAGUUCACAAAUCGCACAAGAAUUCAUACAAGAAAUCAAGCAUUUCAAAGAAUCCAAUAACAUAGAAAAAAAAGAAGCGAAAUUUGAGUUCGACCUUGACUUGUCCUCAAUUGAUUUUGACACAGUCGAAUUGAAAAGAAAAUCCCCAGUUGAAGACAAGCGCUCAUUUAAAGUUUUAAAAAGUUCCUAA